AUCAAAAAAAAACCACAUGUGGUUUUCUCAAGUGAUCAUCAAUUUUUUUAUUAUGUGGUCAUAUUGAUUUUUUUUUUUACUUCAUCUUUUUUUAUAUAUUUUUUUCUCACCCUAUUGUUCCCCUUUUUGGACAUUGCAUAAUUUCCAGCGUUCCGAUAUUCUCCUUUUAUCUAUCAAAAAAGGCAAAACUCGGGUGGGAACCAAAAAAAGAAGGAAAAUAAAAAAGCUUUUUUUAUUUGUUCCUAUCAAGGUAUUAAGAAACCAUUUCAGAAUAAGAGGAAAAAAAGGAAGUCACAAAAAAAAAGAAAAACCCGAAAAAAUGAUCAACAUGGAAAAAAAUAGAAAAACAUACCGGAUAAUAGAUUACACACUAAAGCGGAACAAAAAAGUUUUAUUAUCAAGGGAUCCCUCACACAGGAAUCGGCACGGUAUACACGGUGGACACGCGUGGAUUGGGGAAAACACACACGCGUCUAUACGCAAAGACCACAGGCAACGGCGGUUGCUGUGUGUCAGCCGAUUUCACCUCAGGCAGCAACAUAAAGCCGACUUUCAGCGGCACAAGCGUAAACCAUGCAAUGCCGCGCACAAUUCCGCGCACAGGCCCAGCGACCAGCCACUCGUCAGGAUCACACACAACCGCAACAUCCGCCUCAUUACCAUCGCUCCAUUCGCACUGCACAGACAUGCGCACAGGCUCAAACACAUGGCAGAACCGUGCAUUAUCGGCCAGUGCCACAGAAAGGUUUUCGCUUUUGAAUCCAGCGGCAGCCGUCUUAUCAGCAGCGGCAGUGGCGGUGGUGGGCAGCGGCAUGGUCAGCGUGCGGCGCGGGUUGUCCACAGCUGCUGGCAGCGGUGCAGCGGUGAGCGCAGCGUGGAUGUCGGCCAGCAGCCGGCGCAGCGGCGGAAUGUCGUGCGGCUGCAGUCCGCUGAGACCCCGCGCGUCGAAGUCUGGCAGCACCGGGCGGCCGGCCGCCAGCGUCGCGGCCCAGUCCAGCGAUGUUGUUAUGUGGUCGGCAACCAUGGCACGCACAAACGGCUCCGAGAGCGAAAACAGGGUUCUGUCUGCAAGGAGACUGUUUGUAUGGGCACUGUCCGUAUGGUCACUGCUCGUAUGGCCACUGCUCGUAUGGUCACUGCUCGUAUGGCCACUGCUCGUAUGGUCACUAUCCACAAGGCCACUAUCCACAAGGCCACUGUCUACAGGCCUGCUGUCUGCAAGGCCGCUGUCCAAAAGGCCACUGGCCAUGGCCGAGACCACAUCGGUAAGGGUCUCGAACGAAGCCUCAAUAUCCGCAGGGGCAUCCGCAUCAGCAUCGACAGUAGCCGAGAUGCACUCGCCGGGGCGCAAAAAGCCGCGCCACGCACAGGCCACGCCCGCCACGCGGCCAAUCCGCACCGGCGACACGCCCAAACACUGCACGCGCACCAGCAGCAUCUCGCACCCAGGCGCACAGGCAGAACGCAGGCAUGCAUCCAAACGCAACGGCGGGCGGAGAUCAACGAAGCCAGCGGAGACAGCCACCUGCAGGCGCUCCUUCUCUGCGGCCAAACGGUACUCCGUCCACACAGUCACAGUGCCAGCGGGAUGCUCCGCGCCAAGCACCGCGCGCACCCGCACCGGCGCAUCGUCGCAGCCAAGCGGGCCGCGGAACACAAGCGCCCCCGACGAGUCGACAGCCACGGCCGCAGCAGAGUCCGCCUGGCGAACCGCCAUUGCGCAGCCCGCCGAGUCGAACAGCCGCACGCGCAAGCCAGCCAGGACAGCGGACUUCUGCACCCGCACGCACAGGCUGAGUGCCGCGCUGCCCUGGGCCGCCGCCGCAUGCGCAAGCACCGCGACCAGCGGCGCGCACGGGUCCGCAGGCAGCCGCACGACCGCAGGGGCCGGCGGGCCCAUGGCAGCGAACCGCGUGCGCGCAACAAUGAUGUGGACGGCGGUGAUGCGCAGGCGGCCGGCGACCGACAGCGUUGCCGGCCACGCGAGCCGCACAGUGUUGCGCCCCGGCCGCAGCGUAAUGGCAGGCGCGGCGGCGGAACGCAGCUGCACGGUCAGCCGGCGCCCGCCUGUGCUGCGCGCCUCGGCGGUGGCCUCGACAACGCCGGUGACGUCCGCGGCCAGCGCAGACACGAUUGUGGCGCUGAUGCCGGCGCCCAGCGUGGACGCUGCAGCAGACAGGUUUUCGGCGCGGAACACGUGCCGGGCAUCAAGCACGUCGCCGGUGGCAUUCGUGGCAGUGUUGGUGGCAUUUGUGGCAGUAUUGGUGGCAUUGGGGACGGCGCUGGUGGCAUUGGGGACGGCGCUGGUGGCAUUGGGGACGGCGCUGGUGGCAUUGGGGACGGCGCUGGUGGCAUUGGGGACGGCGCUGGUGGCAUUGGGGACGCCGUCCGUGCCAUCAAGCACGCCGCCCGUGCCAUCAAGCACGCCGCCCGUGCCAUCAAGCACGCCGCCCGUGCCACCAAGCACGCCGUCCGUGCCGCCGCACACGUCGCCCGUGGUCUCCGCCAGCAUCCGCGAGUACUCCGCGCGCUUGGGCUCGGGCAGCCUGGGCCCAUGCAGCAGGCGCAGCAGCAGCCGCAGGCAGUCGCGCGGGCGGCGCAGGUGGCGGAAGCAGUGGGCAAGCAGCUCGACGAGCGGCGCAUCCACGCUGGCGUCCGCCCGCGGCUCGACGAGCGGCUCCAGCACGCGCGCGGCGUCCGCCCAGCGGCCGCGGCCGCCCAGCAGCCGCGCGACAUCGGCGUGCAUCUGGCGCGCGAAGCGGCGGCGGCCGCACUCGGCGUAGUACUGGGCGGCCUGCUCGCACGUGCGCACGUAGAUCUGGUCGAAGCGCGCGUCAGAGCCAAGCGCCUCGGCCAGCACAGGGUUGGAGACGGCGAGGGGCUCAUGCGGCGCAUGGCUGCGGCCGUCGGGCGCCGCCGGGCCGCAGAGCUCGGCCGGCAGCCGCCCGCUCAUCGCGCCCAGGACGUCCAGCUGGCGGCGGGCGUCCGCGAGGAACUCGGCCUUGGCGGCGGCCAGGGCGUGGUUCUGGGCGAUGCUCUGCGGCAGCGCGCCCUCGACGACGCCGACGAUGCUCUGGCACGCGCCAUAGGUCCAGGCGGCGACAAACGCAGCGCUGCGGCCGCUGCCAGGCUCGCGCAUGGCGCCGGCGAACGCCGGGAUGAAGCGGCGCGCGCGCGCGGCCAGCUCCUCAUACCGCGCGUCGUCGCGGAGCAGCCGGCACUGGCAGGCGAACAGGUACGAGCGGAAGUCGAACAUCGAGAUGGAGUUGUCCGCGAGCAUCGCGUGGUACGCGCGCCUGCUUGUGUCCAGCAGGAGGUCGCCGAGGUCGUCCUGCGGCUGGUCGCCGCCGAACCGCGGCGAGAACCACGCGAGGCUGCGCGCCGCCAGCAGCUGCGCAAACACCGCCUCCAGCUCGUCGUACUGCGCCAGCGCCUCCGCGCGCAGCCCCAGGAGCCGGUGCAGCUGGAUCAGCGGCUCCUUGAGCAGGAAGAACCGGCAAUAGUUCCACCCGGGCAGCAUCCGGUUGGCGUCCAUGCGCCGGAUUUCCGCCGACAUCCGCGCCACGCGCUCCUCCAGCGACGCCACGGCCAGGUCGCGGAUGCCCAGGAAGAGCGCGUUCCAGCUUUCGACGAGGUCGCUGCGCAGGAGGUGCACGUGCGUGGGCUCCUUUUUGGCUUGGAAGUCGCUGCGCAGCCGGUCGAACGUCGAUGCGCGCGCGGUGAGGAACUUGCCCUGCGCCGCGUCCAUGCGCUGCGCCUCGCUGGCGCCCGGCACGUAGACGACCAGCCACCCGCACCCGCGCCUGGCGGCCGCCCGCGCCACCCACGCCUUGACGCGCGGCCGCACUGCCGCCUUGUACGCGUCGCUGUCGCAGUCCGCGUCGAUGACCAGCAGGUUGAGGAGUGGCGGCGGCUGCUCUAUGGCGCCGCCGCCGCCCUCUGUGUACUCGCCGGUGCCUUGGGCGGGUUCGCCCUCGCCGAGGCCCGUGUCUUUGAUCACCUUGACGUUGAGCUGCUCGAUGAACCGUGGUGCUUGCGUGAGCCCGCCCUUCCAGAUCAGGUUGCGGAGCGGGAGCCGCCCGCAAAAGUCCCGUUCAAUGCGCGCCCAGGCGCCGUUCUCGUCGCUGAUGCAAAACGUGAGGUGGUCGAUCAUGGAAAAACAAAAAUUGAAAUUGAAAGUCACAUUCGAAUUUAGAAGAAAAGAGAAUAUCUAGAAAAAGCAGGCCCCUCAAUAGUACGACUUUAUUUUCUCUGCCCUCCGAUCAACAACACCCCUGUCGGCGGCGGCGGCGGCGGCAGCAGAAUCGGCAGCGGACUCAGCGGCAGAGCUAGAGGCAGGGCCAGGGCCAGUCACGACACCGCCCGUCUUCUUGCACCGCUCCACCGGCGCAUCCACUCCCCCCAUCAUCCCCACGCCAUCCUCCCUAGCGUCGAGCCCAGGCUGCGCCGAAUG